CCUGUCUAUCACGCGACAUUUGUUGUUCAGACAUGACGAUUUGUGAUUAGAGGUAGGUAUAAGGAAGUCAUCUUGGGUUCAGGUGUGUGGAUGUAAUUGAGGCUGGUAAUGGCUGAGUGACGUCAACAGCUAAGUAGAGGUGAUACAGGUGAAGUUUAUUAUGGAUCUAUAUUGGGUUAGUUGCUUGCUAGUUUGGCCAUUGUCAACUGUCAUUGGUCAAACGUUUGAACUGAAAGCGGAAAUUCCAUAUAGUGUCAUAGGUGCAAGUCAUGGGUUUACCUGCAAGAUGGUCAAUGGGGGAUUCCCUGGUGCUGCUCAGGGAAUCCGGUUUAUGCGUAAUGGAGACACUAUCUGUUCGGUAAACAAAAGAAACUGCAAUGCGACAGAUGUGAAAAGUGCCCGGUUCACGUGUGGCUGUAUCAAGGGAGACAACUCUAAUGUAUAUUUAAAUAUCAGCGGGAUUGAGAGCGAUGAUGAAGCUAAGUGGAAGUGUGGUUUAGGAUUAUAUAAUUUAUUUAGUGAUAUGAUCGACCUACCUUUAUAUUAUGGUCCAGGAUCUAGUAUGACCACCUCACCCGCUACAAUCAACAGUCAUACGGUGAACGAGGGAAGUAGUCUCGGACCUAUAACAUGUACAUCCAGCUGUAAACCGCCCUGUACUAUAACAUGGUUUAAAGACUCAACAUCGUCGUCUAUAAUCUCUAACAGUCCAGUCCUCUAUCUGACUGAUGUCAAGACAAGAGAUAAAGGAACAUAUCUGUGUGAGGCGACGAAUCUCAUUGGAUCCAAUACAACUGCUAUACAAAUUCACGUAUAUGGGAUGAUGAAAUCAGAAGGUCAUACAAGUUUAUCCUUUGGUCUGGGUGUAGGUGUUGGUAUUGCUAUUUGUGCUAUUGUCAUGGUAACUGGUAUCUGUAUAGGUUGUAUAUGUCAUAGACGAUACAAGUUAAGAGAAAAGGGAGGGAAAGCCGAGUAUUUGUCUACUGCUUUCGAUCACAGUAGUUACAUGUCAGCAAUAUUUAAAGAAUCGCCUGAUGUAAAAUUAUCGUUUUCAACUCCAAAACCUGAUACUUCGGACGACGAUAAUGAUUUUGUUUUGCUGCCAUUAUGAUGUUUUAAGAAUCCCUGAAUUUAGCAACGAAAUAGCCGCGUUUUCAUCUGUACUUAAUUCACGAUGAUAGUUAAUCUUAUUUCGUUUAAUCAUUGCCCUGAAAAUAUCGGGAAUAUUCGAUUAAACGUUCCGGAAUUGAAUUCUCUUAAUCCCCAAAAUUGUGUCAAUCAAGUGACGGGGUGGGAGGAUUUUGGGCUACAAUGCAUAAGAAAGUAUAUCAACCGACCAAGUUCUGCUCCGACUGAGUUAAUGAAGACUGGGCAGGUUUAAUAUAUCCGUCGUAUUUAAUUACGUCACUAUUCUACUCACACUCCGUCACUUGUCGGGACUAAGAGCACUGUGACAGGAUUCAAUUACGCGUCAUUCGAUUCAAAUUCCGUCGAUUCUUUUCAUUCGGGACGUUCCGGACUGACGAUCGAGCAUCUCCGUCAUUACUAUCUAUCGUUUAAAAACAACGUAAUAAUCGUGUUGAAUGGCCGAAUGGUUAGCACGUGCGGGCUGUAUCAUAAGGUCUAUCAUUGAGUCAACUGGCAUGGUUUCGAUUCCCCGGUUGUACGUGAUAAGGAGAAGGGUCGCCUGUCCAACCUCGUGGGUUUUCUGCAAACCUCCGGUUUCCGCUCACUGCUAAAGACCCCUACGCGCAAGCGAAUUAUUGAAAUAAAAGUGAACCAUGUGUUAGUCCCGAAAUGACCUAGUUUGUGUCUAGUGGACGUUAAACCCCAUCUCUCUAUCUAUUCAGCUUUCACUCAGUGUGAACCGCAAGGGGAGACACCUCUGUUUGGGAGAUUGUGAUUGAGGCUCCACGAUCAUCAAGUCCCGCGAUAUUUACGGUGAUGCUCGAUUAUCAGUCCGGAACGUUCUGAAUUGACAGACUUGCAGUCACGUGACGUAGAAUUCGGUCCUGUCACUGUUCUGUCUACACCGACAAUAGAGGGGGGGGUGAGUAGAUUCAUGACGUAAUAAAACACGAUGAAUAUGUUUAAGCUAUCACGGUUUGUUGACAUAAGUUCUUAUAGAGUCCUGUCACUGUUCUGUCUACACCGACAAUAGGGGGGGGGGGGGGGGGUGAGUAGAUUCGUGACGUAAUAAAACACGAUGAAUAUGUUUAAGCUAUCACGGUUUGUUGAUAUAAGUUCUUAUAGAUUCGGCGCAUGUGUUGUAGCUCGAGUAUCCCAUACUGGGCAAACCUCGGCAUAUUCCGUUACUCUACAUCUAGCCUCGGCGGUAUGACGGUAAGUGAUAUGUACCUACACCUAUACAAUUGCGAUGUGGCACCGGUUUACUUAUUAGGAAAACUUGCCGCUUUUAAAAAGAAGUUAUCAAAAUUGCGUCGUUAGAAGCGUGUGUAGAAUUUUUAGUGCAAAGUUGUCCUUGUUUGAAGACAAUGCGCUAAACUUGAAAGAAAAACAGCUUCAAACUUUGAAAUAUUUGUAUGAUAAAAACAUUUUUCAAAGGCGUCGUCAUGGGCAACGCCAUUGGUAAUCCGGGAACUUGAAAGUAGUUCCAAUGGCGGACUUCGUCAUACAGCCGAGGCUAGAUGUAGGGUACUGGAAUCUGCUGAGGUUUUCUGAGUGGAGUAUCCCAUAUCUGUUUAUGGACUAUGGGCGUUAUGCUAGAAUGAUCUCAGCAGCACCACUAUAUUUUUUUUCUAUUUUUUUUACAAAUAAUAUACAUGUUGUAUUUAAGAUUUUGAUUAUUUUUGUGUGAAUAUUUUGGUGGUAUUUAUUUAUAAUAAAACACGUAGUAUUUAUGAUGAUAUAUAACAUGAAUUUCAU